AUGAAACUCAAUUUCAACGAAGACUUACAACAAAUCGAACAAACAAUUGCAGAAGUCAAGGAGUCGUCACAAGUGUACAAAAACUCGUUGAUGGAAUGGAUCAAAGAGGAAUCAAAAGAUAUACACAUGGCGUGGUCGUUAAAAAGAACACCGGGAAUAUCUCAAUACCUCAAACAACUCACAGCGUGGACAAAUAAGAUGACGCCGUCUAUUCUAUUCGACUCGACCGUCGAUGCACCAACUUCGCUCUUUGAAAAAAUACGAGACAAAGGCAAUAUCAUGACUGUAGUCGAAACGGAUGGGGGCAAUGUGUUUGGUUCAUAUCACUCCGUGUUACCGACAAAGCCAAGUGAGUGGGUGGUGAAAGACCCAAAUCACUUUGUUUUCACUCUUAAAAACCCAUUCAAUGGAGGCGUUAACGCUUCCCAAAAAUUCACACCAAUUCGUCCCGACUGCUAUCCACUCUGGAUUUAUAAGUCCGGAAAUGCACUCUUUUGUGUCCAGUACUUCUGUCAUGUUUCUAACAACAAACAGUGUUACAUCAACUCAAAGGAGUGGAGCGGUAAAGCGUUCGAGGAGAUAUACAACGAUGUCUCAGGAAAGGGCGGAAAGUUGUUUACUAAAACUGUUUACCCAGCUCGAUUCGGAUUGAAGCGAUUCGUCUGCCUGAGCUGGAAAUAA